UCACAUGACCGGAACUAAACACACGCACAUCCUGUCUCUCCACGUUGCCUUACAUCGCCAAAGAUAACACGUAUUACUUAUCGCUGUGAUUAAAACGCACAUUUAAGUCAUGGCGAACACCAAGCGGUCUAACAAGAGAAAGAAGUUCGAUUAUAAUAAAAACAGGAAGAACGUGAAGAGCAGGUCCAUAAAGAAAGCCAACCCGAGGAUAGAAAUGAAAGACAUUCGAAACGCAUGGGACCAAAGGAAGUCCACAUCCACGAACCUGAGGGAGAUGGGGCUGUCAUUUGAUCCAAAUCGCAGUUUACCAAUCAAGAAAGAUAGUUUCUUUGGUCAAAGAAAAGAGACAAAAGCACCCGUCAACAUUGUGACCAAACCCUAUGUUGUCAACCGGUUGGAGCAGGAGGCCAGCCUGCCGGGCAAAGACACCAAGACGUUAUCUUCCGACUUGGUCGAGUAUGUUCAACAUAUGAUCCGAGAACACAAAGACAACUAUAAGGCAAUGGCCCGCGACGAGAAAAACUACUAUCAAGACACACCCAAACAGAUCAAGAGGAAAAUCAACGAGUACAAGCGCUGCCACUCUGCACACUAUGACUCUUUCAUCAGCUCGCUCGUCUCCCCUGAGCCGACGAUCCAGUGAGGACAUUACAGACUCCACAAGUGAGAGUACAAACAUUUUUUGGAACGCUAAAUGGAUAAGAUCAUUGCUAAACUUGUCAGGAGAGACUGUCCGCGUCUGCUGUAGGCAUUAGCUUGAUGUGAAAUCACAUUUCCACAUAAGGACUGAGAAAUGUGUGUGGAGAACGAUAUUUUUGAAUUUUAAUACAGUUGACCCACUUUGCGUUGAUUGUUGACAGCAAAACCUCCAGUAAAAAAAAUACAUUAACCAAUAAGUGGUCCAUCAAAAUUAAAAGAGAAAACUUUCACCGGUCACCAAUGACUAAAUAUGUCUGCUUCCCAAAACACAAAUGUUUUUUUGAUAUAUUUUUUUUUUUUACACAAGUCAGUAUGGGCAGCACAGUGUCGCAGGGAUUAGUGCGUGUGCCUCACUCCUCCUGGGUUCGAUGCCCGGCCUCGGGGUCUUUUUGUGUAAAGUCUGCAGGUUCUCCCUGUGACUGCGUGGCUUCCCUCCGGGUACUCCGGCUUCCUCCCACUUCCAAACACACCUGGGGAUAGGCUGAUUGGCAACACUAAAUUGUCCCUAGUGUGUGAAUGUUGUCUGUCUGUCUAUCUGUGUUGGCCCUGUGAUGAGGUGGCGACUUGUCCAGGGUGUACUCUGCCUUCCGCCCGAAUGCAGCUGAGAUAGGCUCCAGCACCCUCCGUGACCCCGAAAGGGACAAGAGGUAGAAAAUGGAUGGAUGGAUAAGUCAGUGGCCUAGUAAGAAAAGUUAACCCAAAACUUUAGCCUGAAAGGGUCCUUUUAAAUAUCCUCACGAUAUACCGGUAUUAUUGUUAAUACCGGUGUAUUUUAGAAAAUGUUUUAUAUUUGAGAAUAUACCGCCGUAUCUCUUGAUGUGCCUGACGGUGGCGAGCUGAGUCGGGGUAGGAAAGGUCUAGUAUGCGUCUGUAGUUGCUACCGCGCACAGCUGACGUACCCGCACCGUAUCUCCGGCAGCUGGCGGGGAGCGAGGCAGCGGCUCCUUAUUGACCAGAGGAAGCACAAGCCAAGGAAAAAAUUCAAAAGAGUAGCCAUCACAGCCGACAAACUGUCGCUGCUAACUGCUAAAGCUAGCAAAAAUAGCCAUCCGUCCGUUAUCUACCGCUUGUCCCUUUCGGGGUUGCGGGGGUGCUGGAGCCUAUCCCAGUUGAGUUGAAACCCUCACUGACGUCACAUGUUGCUUGGCAACACACACGCUGCCCUCAUAAACCUCUCAACUGCGUAAAACAUAUUUUAAAGGUUUUUAUUAAUUUAAGUAAUGCAUUAAUUAUAAAUUACAUUGAUUAAAGAGUAUUUCCAUUAGUAAUGAAAUGUAUUUUUUGGUAACUACAAUUAAUAAAACAUUUUAAAAGUAAUUUGCAGAACACUGGUCAUUAUAGUAAUGUGGUGUUGAGUAUAAAGUAAACACUUUGCAUGUUUUGUUUAAAAUACCAUAAUAUACUGUUUAUCGCCAUUCGACUUAGAAAUACCGGGAUAUCAGUUUAGGUCCAUAUCGCCCAGCGUAAUAUCCUCACUCAUUUGUCCCUAAUGACAAAACAUUGCCAGCUUCCCAUCAGUAUUGUUUUAGUAUUAACCCUUUAAAGGCAAGUUUUUUAUACAUGCUCCACUCCCUUUUUUUAAACAUAAGAAAUACAACACACAGAUGCACCAUUAUCCAACAUCAAAGUCAAGAAAUUGUUUUUUUUGUUUUUUUAAUGAAAACUUUUUUUCUUCAUGCUUUGAAUGGGAAAAGGUAUUGCUCGCUGGUGACAAAUACUGAGGAUUUGUUAAAAUGCAUGAUCACAUUAGUUUAAGGCAUAUGUGGGAUCAUUUAGGAACAAUAUUUUUGUGUAGCUUUUGUCAUUUUAGCUGAAUUUAAGGAGCAGUGAUGACUGUUCUAAAAACAAAUCUUCGACCUAUAUGUAUAUUCUUUCAAUACAGCCAACAUUGCUUGAAAAAACAACCGAAUGGUCUUUAGCACCUUAGAAAAUAGUGAAAUAUACUUUGGACAAGCGGUAGAAAAUGGAUGGAUGAACUUUAUUAUAAUCUUUCAAGUCUACUGUGUGCUUUGAUAUGUCCUAAUAAAAUGUUUCCACAAUCAAUGUUCAUAUUGUGUCACAGAGCAGCUAUGUCACACUUGCAAUUCAUAACAAACUUGAUCUUUUAUUUGCACUAAACAAUGACUAACCUGCUCUAUGAAACCUACUGCUUGUGGAACUUUGCCCAGUCAAACAAGAAGUAUAGUAUAGAUGGUAUGGAUUGAUGCUUGUGAUUGCACUGGUAUGAACAAUAUCACAACGUGUGUACAUACUGUGAAUUUGUAAUAGGAGGCUGAAAGUACAAAACAUAUUUAAUAUUUUCCACACAUUUAAAAUGUGUUAUAACAUGCACAGAUGCUACACCACUUUGCAUCAACACAUACUGUACAAAGACCAAUACAGGUCUAGUCAAAAGUGCGGCCAUC